AUGGAGCGAGAUCUUGAGCCAGAUGAUUGUGAAUCCAUUUACAUCUUUAAUGUAGAUCCACCUUCAUCUACUUUAAACUCACCACAUUGCUUACCACAUCAUGGAUUACCGCCUCACUCUUCUGUUUUGUCACCAUCGUUUCAGCUCCAAGGUUACAAAAACUAUGAAGGAACUUCUGAGAUACCUGAAUCUAAAUACAGCCCAUUAGGUGGUCCCAAGCCUUUUGAGUGUCCUAGUAUUCAGAUCACAUCCAUCUCUCCUAAUUGUCAUCAAGAAAUAGAUGCUCAUGAAGAUGACCUACACAUAAAUGACCCAGAAAGGGAAUAUUUGGAAAGGCCGUCUAGAGAUCAUCUCUAUCUUCCUCUUGAGCCAUCCUACCGGGAGUCUUCCCUUAGCCCCAGUCCUGCCAGCAGCAUCUCUUCUAGGAGCUGGUUCUCAGAUGCUUCUUCUUGUGAGUCUCUUUCACACAUUUAUGAUGAUGUAGACUCAGAAUUGAACGAAGCUGCCGCUCGGUUUACUCUUGGAUCCCCUCUGACUUCUCCUGGUGGCUCCCCAGGAGGCUGCCCUGGAGAAGAGUCCUGGCAUCAGCAGUAUGGACUUGGACACUCCUUGUCACCCAGGCAAUCGCCCUGCCACUCUCCUAGAUCUAGUAUUACUGAUGAGAAUUGGCUGAGCCCCAGGCCAGCCUCCGGACCCUCAUCGAGGCCCACUUCCCCUUGUGGGAAACGGAGGCACUCCAGUGCUGAGGUUUGUUAUGCAGGCUCCCUCUCGCCCCACCACUCACCAGUUCCUUCUCCUGGUCAUUCCCCCAGAGGAAGUGUAACAGAAGAUACCUGGCUCAGUACUUCUGUCCAGGGCGGAUCAGGCCUUGGCCCUACACUUUUUUCAUUUCAGUACUGUGGAGAGACUGAUAUCCCUCUGAAAACAAGGAAGACUUCUGAAGAUCCAGCUACCAUAAUACCAGGAAAAUUAGAGCUCUGUUCAGAUGACCAAGGGAAUUUAUCACCAUCCCGGGAAACUUCAAUAGAUGAUGGCCUUGGAUCUCAGUAUCCUUUAAAGAAAGAUUCAUCUGGUGACCAGUUUCUUUCAGUUCCUUCACCUUUCACCUGGAGCAAACCAAAGCCUGGCCACACCCCUAUAUUUCGCACAUCUUCAUUGCCUCCACUAGACUGGCCUCUACCAACUCAUUUUGGACAAUGUGAAUUGAAAAUAGAAGUGCAACCUAAAACUCAUCAUCGAGCCCACUAUGAAACCGAGGGUAGCCGAGGGGCAGUCAAAGCAUCUACUGGGGGACAUCCUGUUGUGAAGCUCCUGGGCUAUAGUGAAAAACCAAUAAAUCUGCAGAUGUUUAUUGGGACAGCAGAUGACCGAUAUUUACGACCUCAUGCAUUUUACCAGGUGCAUCGAAUCACUGGGAAGACUGUUGCAACCGCAAGCCAAGAGAUAAUAAUUGCUAGCACAAAAGUUUUGGAGAUUCCUCUUCUUCCUGAAAACAAUAUGUCAGCCAGUAUUGACUGUGCAGGUAUUUUGAAGCUUCGGAAUUCAGAUAUAGAACUUCGAAAAGGAGAGACUGAUAUCGGCAGAAAGAAUACUAGAGUACGACUUGUAUUUCGGGUGCACAUCCCCCAGCCUAAUGGAAAAGUUCUUUCUCUGCAGAUAGCUUCUAUACCUGUUGAAUGCUCCCAGCGGUCUGCGCAAGAACUCCCUCAUAUUGAGAAGUACAGUAUCAACAGUUGCUCUGUAAAUGGAGGUCAUGAAAUGAUCGUGACUGGAUCAAAUUUUCUUCCAGAAUCCAAAAUCAUUUUUCUUGAAAAAGGACAAGAUGGUCGACCUCAAUGGGAGGUAGAAGGGAAAAUAAUCAGGGAAAAAUGCCAAGGGGCUCACAUUGUCCUUGAAGUUCCUCCAUAUCAUAACCCAACAGUUACAGCUGCAGUGCAGGUGCACUUUUAUCUUUGCAAUGGCAAGAGGAAAAAAAGCCAGUCUCAACGCUUUACUUACACACCAGUUUUGAUGAAACAAGAACACAGGGAAGAGAUUGACUUGUCUUCAGUUCCAUCUUUGCCUGUGCCUCAUCCUGCCCAGGCCCAGAGGUCUUCCUCAGAUCCAGGGCACCCACAUGAUAGUGUUCUGUCAGCACAGAGAAGCUUGGUUUGUCCUGUCCAGCAAGCAUAUGUAUCAAUGGUAACCUCCUCCCAUCUGCCACAGUUGCAAUGUAGGGAUGAGAGUGCUGGUAAAGAACAGCAUAUGCUGCCUUCUCCAGUGGUACACCAGGCUUUUCAAGUCACACCUACACCUCCUGUGGGGUCUUCCUACCAGCCUAUGCAAACUAAUGUGUACAAUGGACCAACUUGUCUUCCUCUUAAUGCUGCCUCUCCUCAAGAAUUUGAUUCAAUUUUGUUCCAGCAGGAUGCAGCUGCUCCUAGUUUAAUAAAUCUUAGCUGUCAACCACUGUCAUCCAUACCAUUUCAUUCUUCAAAUUCAGGCUCAACAGGACAUCUCUUAGCACAUACACCUCAUUCUGUGCAGACCCCACCUCAUCUGCAGUCGAUGGGAUAUCAUUGUUCAAAUGUAGGACAAAGGUCUCUUUCUUCUCCGGUCCCUGACCAGGUCACAGGGCAGCCAUCCCCUCAGUUACAGCCCAUUACAUAUGGUUCUUCACAUUCAGGGUCUCCUUCAACAGCUUCCCCUGCAGCCUCUCAUCCCCUGGCCAGUUCACCACUUUCUGGCCCACCGUCUCCUCAGCUGCAGCCUAUGCCUUACCAGUCUCCUAGCUCAGGAACUGCCUCAUCACCGUCUUCAGCCACCAGGAUGCAUUCUGGACAGCACACAACUCAAGCACAAAGUACAGGCCAGGGAGGUCUUCCUGCACCUUCAACCUUAAUAUGUCACAGUUUGUGUGACACAACUUCAUUUUCACCUGAUGGGGCAACUGUGAGCAUUAAACCUGAACCUGAAGAUCGGGAGCCUAACUUUGCAACCAUUGGCCUACAGGACAUCACUCUAGAUGAUGUGAACGAGAUCAUUGGGAGAGACAUGUCCCACAUUUCUGUUUCCCAAGGAACUGGGCGGAGCAGGCAGGCCCCCCUGGCGGGUCCCGAUGCCCUGGAUUCAGGCAGCAUGGAUGCACUCUGACAGUCCUCGCCCUUCACUGCAGCUUUGUGUCCCUGCACUUCUCCCCUGGGCCCACUGCACUUGCCGCUGGGCAGUUGUGAGGUCACCAUUGGUGGGGCAAGUGGCAGUCCUCGGCUUUGGGGCGAGAUUUUGUAAAAGAACAAGGCUUUGGGGAAAUGAGUUUUUUGCGUUUUGUAUUUAAAUAGGAUACUUUUAUAUGAUGGGUGCUUUUGAGUGUGAGUGCAGCCGGGCCUCCAUUUGGGAGGCACUGCUUUUGCAGGUGGCCUGGUUACUUAGCUAGGAGUGGUGAUUUGUACUGCUUCAUGGUCAUUUGAACGGCCUUUUAGCGUUGAGGAUAUUUUUAAAAUAGGAAUUUUUGAUAAAAUCUUCCAGAGGCGAACAAAAAAAGAAAGAAAAAAAACAACGUAUUCCAUGCCUAUGCCUCAAACUCCGCAUGUGUCCUGAAGCCUUUCAUAGACUCAUAGGAAGUGAAGCCAAAUGUAGCUCAGACCUCUUUAUAAAGUAAGCUCCUGCUGUCAGAGCAAGGAGAGACCAUUCCACCAUUGAUGUGUUGGAAUCUCAGACAUUCCAGAGCAUAGCCAUUUUUGUAACUUCUAGGUAACCUCCGUAUAACCUUCCAUACUGGCUCCAUGUUGACCUUGCUUUGCCCCCUCUGAACCCUGGGGAAGAUGGCUGUCAGUUGACUUUGCAAGGUGGGUUUCGGCUUGCUAGUGUUCUUGUUCUUUCUGACUGGGAACAGUGCCCUGGCCUGUUUUUGAAGCCACAGUCUAAUGAUUUAGGCAACUGUACUUUUUCUAACUGACCGGCAGUUGCCCAGGGUGUGUAGAAGCUAAGCACAAAUAAGCUGUGCGUCAGGGCAGGAACAGAGAACAUGUCAGCCCCCAGAGGGAGGCUUUAAGCCCCACACUGGCAUGGGAGGCCUGGCCCCCAUUCUGUUCACAGCCUGAAAGGGCUCUGGCCUGCCCUCACUGCUCUGCAUCGUCUAGAAACCAGAUAUGCCCAAAAGGCUUUGAGGUAAAUCCCCAAAUGAGGUGGUAUGACAGACCUGACCCUCAACACCAAAGAUACCCUCCUGGUGCUGCUGCUGGGCAGACUGGCACCCAAGGCAGGGGCUAGCAAGAAGCCCCAGCCUGCUGUCUACCAAAGGAGGUGCCCAGAUGGGUGCCCUGUCAAAGCCAGCCUCCCCCCCCUCCCCUUAAUAUUGUCAGUUACCUGCUCCAAGACUUAGGUGUUCUCCAGAGCCACCUAAAGUUUGCAGCGUGUUUUCAAAUGAAAUCACGUCCAUUCACUUAUUCAGGAAGCAAAUGUAUUGAGUGCCUACACGAGACAAUAUGCUGAGCUGGUUGAAGGCGUAGUGCUGUUACCCAGGGGACUCUAGGUCCUAACCUAAAUGCCAGGACUCUGCAGAGUUUACAUGAGGCCUGGCCAAAGGGCCUCUAGUCAGCUGUGUUAAAACUGCGAUAUUUCCCAUUUCCCCCUUAAGACUAAGAGAACAAUGCUUAUCCUUCAGUAAAUUACUUUGGCCUCUCUUAGAGCUGUUUUUAUUUUUCUUUGAAAAUGAAUUUUGUAUCCAAGUGUGGAUAGUAAGCUAUGCUUCUGGGCCUCUGGUGGGAAGCCUGCAGCUUUCUGGGCCCAGGCUGGGGGAGGUGGGAGCAAGGGGGCUGGCUAGACUCUGAUGAGAUUCCAGAGAUGGCUAGAUGUGACCCACCCCCACCCACCUGCCCCUAGUGUAGCUGUCUCACAUGGUGUUCUUGCACGUGCUCCCUUUGCAAGACCCUUGGGGGGUUGCCCUGCUCCCCUCCUGAAUAAAGCCUUCAUGAUCCAGAAUUGCUAUGCACCAAAUUGUGAUGCCUUUUCAAUACCUUGAUGCCUGUAGCAAUAGAAAUGCUUUCCUAUUUAAAAUAAAAGUCAAAUUUUAAAAUAGA